UUGAAGAUGAAUUAUUAAUUUGAUGAAGUUGUCUAUUGUAGAAUGAGUGGAAAUGGUUGGAAUGGGGAUAGGAAUGGGGAUAAUGUAGUAGGAAUGGGAAUAAUGGGAAUGAAAAUAUGUAAUAAAUUAGAUGCAAGUGGAAAAGGAAAGGAGAAUGAUUAAAUAUUUCGUUUAGACAAAGACAUUGGUGUCCUUGUGACGCCAAUGUUUAAGAGAUCAUUAAAUGGAAUUUUGUAAUUUAUGAUAUUCUGAAGGGGUUAGGGAACAAAUAUUGUUGGAAAUUAAAGCAUGGAUAUUAAUAAAAUAAUUCAUCCUAAUAUGUAGGAUGAAGAUGUGUUUUUAUUUUUUUUGAUGGGAAAGAGUUAGGAAUAAGAGUUAAAAAUUUAUCAAAUCGAAAGUGAAGUGGGAAAAUGAAAGAACUGGUCGUGAAAGAGAAGUCAAAUCAUCGGGCGAAAACGGGGAAUACUGAUAAAGUGAAAUUUGGUCGAAUGGGAGGUGAGCUAUAUCCGAAAGGGAGAAAAUUUUGGGAAAGGGAAUGGGAAAUACAGGUAAAAGGAGAAAUUGAUUGAGUGGGGAAGGUCGGCAUUUAAUUUUUCUUUUUGUCUGACUAAUAAGGCAAAGGAGGAGAAAGCAUUGGUGUGUUUGUU